AUGGGCUGCGUCCAAUGCAAGGAUAAAGACGCAGCCAAACUCACCGACGAGCGCGAUGCCGGCCUCACGCACCACCCCGGCUACCGCUAUGGCGCCGAGCCCACGCCGCAGCAUUACCCUCCAAGCUUCGGGGUUACCACCAUCCCCAAUUACAACAACUUCCACAGCGGAGGCGGCGGCGCUACACAAGGGGUCACCGUCUUUGGAGGCGUUCACACAUCCUCACAAUCGGGCACGCUGCGCUCACGAGGAGGAACAGGGGUGACGCUGUUCGUGGCUCUGUACGACUACGAAGCCCGGACCGACGAUGACCUCAGCUUCAGGAAAGGGGAGAGGUUCCAGAUCCUCAACAGCACAGAGGGUGACUGGUGGGAGGCGCGUUCCCUUACCACAGGUGGAACUGGUUAUAUUCCCAGUAAUUAUGUCGCUCCUGUGGACUCCAUCCAGGCUGAAGACUGGUAUUUUGGUAAACUUGGCCGGAAGGAUGCGGAGCGACAACUGCUGUCCAGCGGCAACGCCAGAGGCACGUUCCUCAUUCGGGAAAGCGAGACAACCAAAGGGGCUUACUCCCUCUCCAUCCAGGAUUGGGAUGAUAUCAAGGGAGACCACGUCAAACAUUACAAGAUUCGCAAACUGGACAGCGGCGGUUACUACAUCACCACCCGAGCCCAGUUUGAGACGCUUCAGCAGCUGGUGCACCAUUAUUCCGCGAGGGCGGCGGGGUUGUGCUGCCGACUGAUUGUGCCCUGUCACAAGGGCAUGCCCCGUCUGACAGACCUGUCCGUCAAAACCAAAGACGUGUGGGAAAUCCCGCGGGAGUCGCUGCAACUCAUCAAGCGUCUCGGCAAUGGACAGUUUGGGGAAGUCUGGAUGGGCACAUGGAACGGCACCACCAAGGUGGCUGUGAAGACCCUUAAGCCGGGAACCAUGUCGCCUGAGUCCUUCCUAGAGGAGGCUCAGAUCAUGAAGAAGCUGCGGCAUGACAAGCUGGUCCAGCUGUACGCCGUGGUUUCCGAGGAGCCCAUCUACAUCGUCACCGAGUACAUGAAUAAAGGGAGUUUGCUUGACUUCCUUAAAGAUGGAGAAGGACGAGGCCUGAAACUUCCAAAUCUGGUAGACAUGGCUGCUCAGGUGGCAGCUGGCAUGGCGUACAUCGAGAGGAUGAACUACAUCCACAGAGACCUGCGCUCUGCCAACAUCCUGGUCGGAGACAGUCUGGUUUGUAAGAUUGCUGACUUUGGUCUGGCCAGGCUGAUUGAGGACAACGAGUACACAGCGAGGCAAGGUGCAAAGUUUCCCAUUAAGUGGACCGCACCUGAGGCAGCGCUCUACGGAAAGUUCACCAUCAAAUCCGACGUGUGGUCCUUCGGCAUCCUGCUCACGGAGCUUGUAACCAAGGGCCGGGUGCCUUACCCAGGCAUGAACAAUCGUGAGGUGCUGGAGCAAGUGGAGCGGGGCUACCGAAUGCCAUGCCCGCAGGACUGCCCCACGUCGCUGCACGAGCUCAUGGUGCAGUGCUGGAAGAAAGACCCUGAGGAGAGGCCCACCUUCGAGUACCUGCAGGCCUUUUUGGAGGACUACUUCACUGCCACAGAGCCUCAAUACCAGCCGGGAGAUAACCUCUGA